AUCCACUGCCGUGAUGUCGACAGACAGCGAGCCGGUGACCGGAGACGGUUCGACGUGUUCGUGGCGCUGCACGCCGGUGCGCUGCGGGCCUCCGGGAUCCCGCCGGUCCACUGGAGGAGCCUGCACCGCAAGAUCACCAACGAGAUUUACGAUGCCGGGGAAGUUUUCGGAAUCAUGCAUCUCGAAGAAGAAGAGGAGGAGGAGGAGGAGGAAGGAGGGGGGCAUGCGGAGAGGAAGAGUCCUGCAGUCCGCUGUAAAGUGCUCGUGACCCGGGAGGCUGGGCUGCAGGCCUCCGAGCCCACCAGCGUGUACCUGGUGGACCACGCCUGGACGUACCGCGUGCGCGGCGCCCGGCAGCAGCUGGAGGAGACGCCCGGCCUGCUGCCCAGGAUGGCCGCCCUGGUGGGGGCGGAGCUCCACGGCGAGGGGGCGGAGCUCCACGGCGAGGACCCGGAAACGCUGGAGCUGGUGAUGCAGCGCAUGUGGAAGUACAACCAGACGUACAAGCUGUCCCAGGGGCCCCCGGAGGCCCGGGAGCCGGUGUGGUACCUCCUGGAUGAGUUUGGGUCCGGCCUGCAGCACUCGGACCGGCCCAGCUGCAGCAUGGCGCCCUUCCUCUACGCCCCGGGGGGGCCGGCCUACUCGGUGCUGUGGGCCCUGGAGGACCUGCAGGAGGGAGACGAAGCGACCCGAGACUACACCUACGGGGAGACGGACCCCCUGGUGAGGCGAUGUCGCCUGUUACCGUGGAUACCUGACCCCCUGGUGACCUGGUGCAGCCAGAACAACCUGGAGCUCAACGCUCUGAAGACAGUGGAGAUGGUUGUGGAUUUCAGGAGGAAUGCAGCCCCACCCGCCCCUCUCAUCCUGUGUGACUCCCCCGUCGACGCUGUGGAGUCCUACCGCUUCCUGGGCUCCAUCAUCUCCCAGGACCUCAAGUGGGAGCUGAACAUCGGCUCCAUCACCAAGAAGGCCCAGCAGAGGAUGUUCUUCCUGAGGCAGCUGAGGAAAUUCAACCUGCCAGGGAGAAUGAUGGUACAAUUCUACACGGCCAUCGUUGAGUCCAUCAUCUGCUCCUCCAUCACCGUCUGGCACCCUGCAGCCACAGCCAAAGACAAGUGCAGCUGCAGAGCAUCAUCCGCUCGGCCGAGAGGGUUAUCGGCUGCAAUCUGCCUUCCCUCCAGGUCCUGUUCACUUCCAGGUCACUGAAGCGGGCCAGAAAGAUUGUCGCUGACCCCUCCCACCCUGGACACUCCCUGUUCGAGUCCCUCCCCUCGGGGAGGAGGCUGCGGUCCAUCAUGACCAAGACCUCCCGCCACACCAAAAGCUUUUUCCCGACGGCGGUCGGGCUCAUCAAUGGACCCCGGGACUGACUGACUGUCACCCCCAGGACUACCACCUCUUCUUCCACCUUCCUCUCUCCUCCUUCUUCCCGCUCCUUCCUCUUCCUCCUCCUCCCUCUUCCUCCCACCUCCUUCUUCUUCCCUCCUCCACACACGUCACUUUAACAUGCACUUUAACUAAAACACACCACUUGAAGCACACACCCAAACACUUCACAUUAUUUGUUGUCUUUCUGUCGUGUUGAUUGUUGUUUGUUUGUCAUGUCCAAAUGUUGCACCUUCCACCAAAAAAAAUUCCUCGUUUGUUUGUGAAAACAUUCCUGGCAAUAAAACUGUUUCUGAUUCUGAUUCUGAUUCUGAUUCUCUGGAAGGGGUCAGCGGGGUCACGGCGGAGCCCCCGGACUCGUACUACGAGGCCAUUAGCCUUGAGAUCCAGGAGCGUCUUCCUGUGGACGUCCAGCCUGGCGCCGUGCCGCCGGACAACGUCCUCAAGGUUUACUCCGACAUGACUCAGGUGAGGAGCCACCUGAGUCACCCUCGCUUCCAGCUGACGGAGGACGAGGAGGAGGCGGACAUCAUGUGGACCUCGAGACACAUCAAAGACUACAGGUGGUGUGUAAGUACGUGGAGGACCCGGUUCUGUUCCUCAGAGACGAUGUUGGGCCGGUGAAGUUCGAUGUGCGCUACAUGCUGCUGGUCCGCUCGCUGCAGCCGCUGGUCCUCUACGCCUACCACGUGUUCUGGCUGCGCUUCGCCAACAGAACCUUCUCCCUGGACCAUCUGGAUGAUUACCAGAAACACUUCACGGUGAUGAACUACAGCGAGGCUGCGGAGCUCAAGCAGCGUGAGAGGACGUGUGGCUGUGGAGCAGAGGAUCACUGUGUUGGUUUAAAGGUGUUUUUUCCAUGUUAACGAGUGACUGGGUUAACAGGUUCACUACAAUGACUUCAUCCCCCUGUUUGAGAAGCAGUACCCACAUCACCCGUGGGCGGGGGUGGAGGCGGAGGUGUUCAAGGCCUUCGGGGAGUUCUUCCGUACCCGUCGUCCCGGGCCAUCUACGCCGUGGACCUCAUGCUGAAGUGGAGCACGGCGCCUAACGAUUUGAAAAGCAAACUGAAGUCAUCACUUGAAAGAUUGCUCUAGAUGCGAUCUGGAUGUCCACACGGCCAAGGAGGAUUCUAUUCUGCACGCCAACACUGGAGUAACAUUGGUGCUCCGUCAUUCCCGCGGGCCAUCACUACAAAUAGUUCACCCUGAGAAUGAAAUGCAAAACAACAUGGUAGCCUCUCGAAAUCCUGGGUACCACGGAUUGGCAUCCGGCCCUGCUCGCUUGCAGAAAAGCGACGCACAACAAAAUUCACAGGGACUUCACCAACAGAAAGUACUGCCGAGUACAGGGAGCACUGGAUCCCAGCCCUCCGUACUGAUCAACACUACGACUAACUUGUGUACAUCGGCUGACCGUCAUCUAUCGGCACACGUCUCUGUACAGCACAGCAGUUAUUAUGGGACGUCAGUCGGUUACUCUGUAAGACAAUCGUUUAGUAACGGUGGAGAACAAAUGGACUGUUCCAAAGUAGAUUUUAGGAGCCGUUUUCUGAAAGGAUCCAAUUUGAACCAGAAUACUGGACUGCAACAAAGAAAACAUUUGAUUUGUGCCCUUUCCACUGGGACCGAUUCUGCAGCAUUCCAUAGAGACGGCUUUAAAGCAGCACAGACUGGUCCUCUAACGCUUCAGCAUUCUGGGGAAAUGGUAAAAACUUGUCCACUGCUGUUGGACUUACUUUCUGAAAAGCCGUCCGGCUGUUUUACCACCAAAUCUUCACCAGAGGAAACUAUGUUGCUCAAUAGUAAUGUUCCGGGCAGAAGACGCCGUACAGGUCAGCGAGUUAAAGGGUCGCUAGCUGUGCUCGACUGUGAGCAGACUAGCACACAGCACCUCCAUCCUGCAGGAGGAACUCCUUCCAACCCCCAUCGGCAGGGUUCCUCUCCCUCCCUCGGCCUGCAGCCGUCCACAGGCUGGUCAGUUGGUGACAGGAAACCGCCGACAGAUGAGGAUAUACAUCGCAUGCUUUUAAAAAAACUUGACGAUUUUCGCAACGAUAUAAAUCAGAAAAAAAUGAGUGCUGUUUAUUCCGAUGAAUUGGGAAUGGACUCCGUACUGAAGUCAGUCGAGUCCCACCUCCCCACAACCUCUGGAGGAGAAGAUCCCAGGCUGGAGGAGUGCUCUGCUGCAGCGGAACAAUACAACUGUUCAGCCCUCGAAGAGGACCAUUCAAACGGCUUUGAGUUAACGGCCCAGUUUAACAAGUUGGGUGAUUGUGCUACAGCCGCAUCAGAGAAACAUUCAACAGGUAUACUAGUCACUGCUGUAGAACACUCUAAACAUUGUCUUACAAAUGCAUCUGUAGAAAAGAGUGCAUUGGUAGUUGUUCUGUCAGUAAAGAAACAUUUGGGUGUAUCUGUGCAUGUAAACUUGUUUAUUCAGAUGACUGUGAAGAUGCAUAUAUUGGUAACGAUGACGGUGUCUAUAGUAAAUGGUGCGAGAGGUACUUAGAGAAUGCCUUGACCGCUCUUAAUUAUUCAUCAACUGCACUGAAGGCGCUCAUUGCCAUGCUGGCGUCUACAGGCAGCAUUUCUGAGACCAAGAAUGUUUCUAAAGUCAUUCUGCAACAGUAUUGGAAUGGGAAUAUAGAUAAUGUUAAUCUCUUUGCAUCCACAGAAUAUCCACAUAUAAUGCUGAAAGUUGCUGCCGCUUGCACAAAGACUGAAGAGGAGAGUCCAGUGUUGCCUGGAAUGACAUGGGACGAUGACAUGAGGGACGAGCGACGAUCUUUGGUGCUCAACCGCAUCGCACCGCAAGAGGAAUACAGGUCUUCUUUGUUAAGUGGCAACAAGAAUGUGGACCAAGUGCCUGGUGUUUCGUGGACUUUCCUCCACAUGACGGAGGGAAAGAAAGGAGAUGCAGCCCAUGAACCUGUGGGCACCGUACAGAUGGACAGCGUGCCCGGUAUGCUCGAUGUCGCAGAGGAUCCCCAAACCAAAUCAGGUCCAGUGGUGUCUGGAAACGGAACGUUUGCAUUCUCGUCACUAAUAAAGGGCAAUCCAAAACGAAAGAAAAGCACUGAGGAUCAACCCGAAGCGAGGGAAGACGUGGGUUUUGCUCCCUCGCAAACACAUUUAAGCGAAUCAGGACCAGAGAACAAGUUACAAAAACAUGCCCCGCUCUGUGAAGGCACGGCGGGGGAAGCACGUCCACCGUUAGAAGAGCGUUCAGACGAUUACGCUCUGGCCACAGAACUACCAACCAAAGAGCUCUGGGAAUGUAGCUCUCCUGCAUGUUUUGAAGCCCCACAGUAUGAAAAUAUAAGUGAAGCGGAAACUCUGUGUGAGUCUCUGGCUGAGGAGACGCCCAUACCCACUGUGGGAGCUGCUCGCUACGAGAGGCCGUCACCAUUUGAAAACACCGGCUAUGGACAUGUGCAGGGUCGAGCUGAGAUGAAGACUAAAGCACUUGUCGUAGCACAAUAUUGUUCUUUGUGUUUUGUUGAGAUUGAAGAUGGUUCUGAAGCUAAGUGUGGCUGUGGGAGACAAACAAAGCCCUCUGUUUCAUAUAGUCCGUCCUCUGUUUUGAGCGAUGGUGAUACGACUAAUGAUGAGAUGGACGAUGACCAUUUAGUCAUACCUAUAAGCAUAUUCAACCUCGCAUAUGAACCAGAAGAUGAGGACCAGGAGAGGCCAGAAACUAAUCUCCCAAGUCCAAAAUGCUGCCCAUCUCCAAAUCUUGCGCAAGCGACUGCGUUCCCCCCGCUGCUGGUGUUUGACACGUUGGAGGACCUAAUGCGAGCUGAGCAAUGUACGCGUGUCAUUCGGCCGUCAUCGGACCGUAACCCCUUUGAACAUGACAUGGACUCUGAGGGUGAUGGAAGAGGGUCUUCAGACAGCUGUGGAACUGACGACAGUUUAGAUUACCCCUCUGCUUUAAAACACAACUAUAUGACCGCGUCCCAGAAGGUGUUGAGGAAAGGCGUAGCAGCUGUGGCCUCCAAGGCCGAUGACUCUUUGCCCUCGCCCUCUUCGUCAGACGAUGAGGUUACAAUUUUGCAAGAAGAUCGGACAUGGGGCGUGGACAAGUUUCAAAAAUCUAGACUGACAAUUAUAGCCAAUGCCGUCCGCUCUGAACAUUCACAAAGGGAUUGUAUUAUAAUUGUAGAUUCUGACACAGAGGAUGAAAUUCUAGAAGAAAGCAAAAAAAACCUCAAGAGGAAACGGUUACACUCUUCAAGCUCUGGAGACGGUGUUGAUGCGCAGUUCAGUCGACAACUGAGACGUUCACCGGGGGCCUUCAAAGAGACGAGUCGAAAGAACGGAUCUGCAUUUCAAGUGGUGGAGCAGGAUGUUUCCUCUGACUCGUCUCAGAGUGCAGGAAGGUGUGGCUCUAAGCGUCUUCAACGCAAGACCAACAUGCAAAAGAUUUGCUUGGAAAAAAAUGUAAUACUUAUCAACUCUGAGGAAGAGGAUGACCCCGCCCAAAGCUACCAAAGGCCAAGCGCUCCCGCUUCGCACCAAGGCGACGCCCCCCCGUAUGUUCGACUUGACAGUGCGGACGAUGAAUGUGGACCUGCUGAAGACGCCAGAGCGCCUCCUGCAGACUCGCCACAGCACCAGGCUCAUGACCCCCAGCUCAGAGAAGCGACUGAGGAUUCGUGUUCUGACGUGCUGCCCGGUGGACCGCGGGGCGGAGCUACCGGCGGCUCUGAGCACGUACCACGGAAGGCCAAGAGGAAAAAAACAUCAAGAGCUGUUCGACUCGAUUCUGAGACUGUGCUUAAAAGAAUAAAGGUGCGUACAAAAGAAAUAUUUUCAGAGGACAGUAGUGACGGUGAUUUAAAGGCUUCAAAAAGCAGAGCAACGGACUCUGUGGUCCGUCUCUGUAAACCUGCUCACGCCAAUCCUAAACAAAAAGAAUCUUCAUCUGAAGACUUGGCAGAAAAGCCUGUGAUGAAGGAAGCCGGCUCUCAUUUGUCUGACACGCCUGUGAUUCCUCGCUAUGUGGCGACGUGUUCUGGACCCAAAGGAGGCUUGAAACUGUUUAAAGAAGUCCACAAGCAGGGUAAAGGUGGUUCUCGGUCCCCAGAGGCCGCCACGGCAUCCGGCAAAAAGACAAAGUCCCGUGACAAGAAAGCACCGUUUGACCAAAAUAAAAAAGUACGAUUCUUCUCACCCGUACCGGCAAACGAUAAAACCAAAGCAACAAACGACAAAGUUCAGCCCAAUCCACGGAAACCCCCAAGGGUGGCGAGACCGCUUCCCUUACCUGUGCAGGAAGGACCAUCCGCUUCCUUCAAUAGCUCGUCUUCCACAAGUAGACAACUUCCUGUAGCCAGACGACGCUUAAGCCCGGCAGAACCUUCCUCACGACGCUUGAGCCCGGCAGAACCUUCCUCACGACGCUUGAGCCCGGCAGAACCUUCCUCACGAUGCUUGUGCCCGGCAGAACCUUCCUCACGACGCUUGAACCCGGCAGAACCUUCCUCACGACGCUUGAACCCGUCAGAACCUUCCUCACGACGCUUGAGCCCGGCAGAACCUUCCUCACGACGCUUGAGCCCAGCAGAACCUUCCUCACGACGCUUGAACCCGGCAGAACCUUCCUCACGACGCUUGAACCCGUCAGAACCUUUCUCACGACGCUUGAGCCCGGCAGAACCUUCCUCACGACGCUUGAGCCCAGCAGAACCUUCCUCACGAUGCUUGAACCCGUCAGAACCUUCCUCACGAUGCUUGAACCCGUCAGAACCUUCCUCACGACGCUUGAGCCCAGCAGAACCUUCCUCACGAUGCUUGAACCCGUCAGAACCUUCCUCACGACGCUUGAGCCCAGCAGAACCUUCCUCACGACGCUUGAACCCGUCAGAACCUUCCUCACGACGCUUGAGCCCGGCAGAACCUUCCUCACGACCGUUGACUCCAUUGGAAGCCGCCUCUCGCCUACCCUAUAAUCCCAGAGAGCUCUCGGUUCCGCCCGGUCGCCCGCGGUCUCGCAGCAGCUCCUCCACACGGAACCAGCCUCCCUCCAAAGGCCCAGCCUCCACCGCGCAAUCACCUUCAACCGGCAAGGCAAAGGAACAAGUGAAAAGCCAUCGUCCAAUCGGGGGAGAGAUCGGAUUGAGGGAGGACGAUGUUGGACUAGAACGGCGGCGCCAGCGGCGCCAUGACGGGGCCAGUGAUGACAGGGCCCCCAGAAAGAGGCUCAACACCCCCAAGCCUGCGACGAUCCUGAUGAAGAGAGCCGCUCAUGACGCCAAACGCUGGACGAAGGCCAUAAACCGGGUUUCCACCAAAGAAAGACGGGACUCGGUGGGGGACGGUUACAAGUGGUCAGACAAAUCAACAAAAGGUCCGAGCUGGGAGGAGGAGAAGGACAGAACCCCUCCGAGACAGUACCUGUGAGACGAGUGUCCUGAUCCGACCUGCCGCUUCACGUCCAGUCCAAACCGUGUUCUGGGUUUUAACUGUUCCCGUUACUUCCUUUAAUUUGUUAUACCAGCUAUUUACUUUUGAAUGUUUGAGUUCUUUUAACUUGCUACCUCAAAAUGUAUAUAUUUAACUCUUAAGUUGUUACAUCUCUGAUCUGAAUCCAGUUAAAACUUUAAACUUUUCAGCUAAUUUGAUCUCCAUAUGACUUUUUUACUUUUCUUUUUUUUACUUUGGAACCGACUGCAGUGUUCAUGUGUAAUGUUGUCACACUUUUUAAAGCGUCAAUGUAAGAAUGCAUAAAGUCUCAACUCCAACCUC